AACCCUACUCCGCCGAACCCUGCAGAGAGAGACUCCCUAUCAGAGAGAGAGAGAGAGAGAGAGAGAGAUGACAACCCGCUUCAAGAAGAACCGUAAGAAGCGUGGCCACGUGAGCGCCGGCCACGGCCGUAUCGGAAAGCACCGCAAGCAUCCCGGAGGAAGGGGAAACGCCGGUGGCAUGCACCACCACCGCAUCCUCUUCGACAAGUACCAUCCUGGUUACUUCGGCAAGGUCGGUAUGCGCUACUUCCACAAGCUCCGGAACCAGUUCCAUUGCCCGAUCGUCAACGUCGAGAAGCUCUGGUCUCUCCUGCCGCAAGAGGCGAAGGACAAGGCCGCGAAAUCCAAGGGCACCGCACCUGUCGUCGAUGUCACGCAGUAUGGUUUCUUCAAGGUUCUCGGCAAAGGUGUCCUCCCUGAGAAUCAGCCACUUGUUGUGAAGGCUAAGCUGAUUUCCAAGAUCGCUGAGAAGAAGAUCAAAGAGGCUGGUGGCGCUGUUCUUCUUACUGCUUAGGGUUUGUGUUGAAUCUGUUUUUGUUCAUUUUUGAUUAAGGAUUUUGAGCUGUUUGAAUUCCCAUUUCUAUAAACCUGGUGUUUAUUUAUGGUUUUUGAUAUUUUGAAGUAGUGACAUGAAUGGUUGGUUUUAAUUAGCAUUAAUCUAUGAACAAAUUUUGUUGCUGCA